GUUUCUUUCCAAUACUGUCUGUCUAACUGCGAACUGAUUUUGCGAAUUUCCACAGUCUCGAAAUUUAUUUGAAUUUUAUUUGGUUGGGAAACUUAUAUCAUUGCGCUGCGUUGCUCUGGGUUUGGGUGUUGCUUUUUUGUUCUUCAUUGUAUAAUCAUUUGCUUUGAGCCCACUUUAUUUUGAAUCCUCGGACGUAGCGGCGGUGUUCAAAAGCGAUCCUGGGUGAAAUUUUUCAAACGAUUGUGGUUGAAAAUGCCGCUGCCUAUUCGAAGAUCCUCGUUUUCCAACAAUGGUAUCAGACGAUCGAAUGAAUCCAUGAGGCUGAUCAUGAUGAUGUUUGUGGGGAUCGUAUGUGGCUUCUUUGUAGGUGUAUCUUUUCCUAAACUUUCAUUGACUAAGGUCAGUUUUUCAACGAACAUAUUUCCUUCCAUUGAUCUUGCUUUCAUAGAAGACAAGUACUCGGGUCUCUCAACUCAGGCUCUGUUAAAUGCAUUGUCAUCUCUUAAAGGCCGGAAAGGCCUUCCCCGGAAGCCUAAUAACACUGAGAUUUGGGUCCCGACCAAUCCUCGAGGCGCUGAAAGGCUGCCACCUGGCAUCAUUGCAUCAGAGUCCGAUUUAUAUGCUCGCAGAUUGUGGGGUCUUCCUAAUGAGGACUUGAUUGUGAAACCGAGGUAUCUUAUAACCUUUACGGUGGGCUAUGAACAGAAAGACAACAUCAAUGCAGCUGUGAAGAAGUUGACAGAAAACUUUAUGAUUUUGUUGUUUCACUACGACGGUGUGACGAGUGAGUGGGAUCAAUUUGAGUGGUCGAAAAGUGCUAUCCAUGUGAGCGUGCCAAAGCAAACUAAAUGGUGGUAUGCUAAGCGAUUUUUGCAUCCAGACAUUGUGGCUACAUACGAUUAUGUAUUUAUAUGGGAUGAGGACCUUGGCGUCGAUAAUUUUGACUUUGAAGAAUACAUAAAACUCGUGAAGAAGCAUGGGUUAGACAUCUCACAGCCUGCCUUAUCACCGGACGGAGGAAUGACAUGGAUGAUGACAAGGAGGCGAGAUGAUGUUGAAGUUCACAAGGAGACUGAGGAAAGACCAGGAUGGUGCACAGACCCUCAUUUGCCACCGUGUGCAGCAUUUGUUGAGAUCAUGGCACCGGUGUUCUCCAGAGAUGCAUGGCGCUGUGUCUGGCAUUUGAUUCAGAAUGACUUGGUGCAUGGAUGGGGUCUCGACUUUGCUCUUAGGAAAUGCGUUGAACCAGCUCAUCAAAAGAUAGGGGUAGUUGAUUCCCAAUGGAUUGUACACCAAACGGUUCCUUCACUUGGCAAUCAGGGUCAAGCUAUGGAUGGCAGGGCACCAUGGGAAGGGGUACAAACGAUCGCUGCUUUUUCUGAUCCAACCAUUAUCUGUAAGGGAGAGGUGUAGAAGGGAAUGGGCCCUCUUCAAGAAUCGAUUGGCAAACGCGGAGCACGAUUACUAUCAAGCUAUGGGAAUCAAGCCUCCCAACACCACAUAUUCCUAGAUGGGAUGCUCAUAUCACCAGAAAGGCAAGACGAGGAAUCUAUCUUGUCCUAAGUUACAGAAUCCCAUCGGCACCAAACUGAACUCAAGGUCAAGCUCUCUUGGUAUCUACAGAGGAGUUCCAAGUAUGUCCCCUGUAAAUGUACUUGCAACUCAUGUUUUAUUUAGUAAAAUUUUUGGCAUCCCAACAGGACCACCUCUUCGGCCCUGUAUUAGUAUAAGAUAACUGGAUCAGUAUAUACUGCCCUUGAAUAUAACACUUGUUGUUUAUUUUUUUUAUGUUAAGUGAGAAAAGCAGAUAGCCAGGUGACCUUGGCUAACAAACUGUAAUUCUUAAAAUGCACAAAAUAUCCAAUUAUGUGCCUGACAAUCAAUGAUGAUAUAUAAAUCCAACCAUUAUUACGACUGAUUAUUGAAGCCUAAGUUUAAAUCUAAAUCAUCCAACAUCUACACAGAGAGAUUAUUUAUCCUCGUCCACCCUAUGUUUAACCUCCGGUGAAAACUUCCAUUGUCUUUUCAACUGUAAAUUUCCUGAAAAUAAUUCAAGCUUUACCCUGGUUAAUGUAAAAACUGAUUAAUGCUUGAAAAUGAAAACACCUAUUUGUUCAUACAAACACGUUUUUUAGGUUAGAAUUCGGAUUACGAAAGUCGCAAUUUCGCUUCAAUAGGCGUAUAUGUCAUGGAACAAUAAUAUAUCGUCCGUCCCACUCCCAUUGGGGGUCUUCCGGCAUAUGUAUUUCGGUGCGUCCGUCUAACCAAUUGUCAAAACCUAACAAUAGUUGGUGUUUGAAUGAGCCGUAGUUAGGGCAUUCGCUGUUUACUCCCUCCCGUGGGCGCACCCUGGAGAACUACGGUUCGUUAGUUUUAGGUUUCGAAGUCAUGGUGCCGGGCCUCUACGCCGAGAUUGACAAAAAGUUGCGAGGUUUUUUGUUCGAAUUUUAGUUUUGGAUCAAACCAUUUGGCAUUGUUGUUUUUGCUUCCAUAUUUUGGUUGUUUAUAAGCUUAUCUCUGUGUGUUUUGAACUAGAUCUCUGUAUAAUGAUUGUCUGAGCGACAAGUUCACAGUCACCACUUGCUCUGACAGCGAAGUUGUGAGAUUGUGAUAUUUGGUACUCGUAAUGGACGUUUCGUAAUGACAAAUAUGAGUUUUUGUGAUUUCAAAUGUAAACGUUUUUUGAAGUGCUUAUAAACCUGUGCCCUUUGAUCUUUGUAUCAAAUGGGCGAGUAUUGAAUGAUUUCAUAUUUGUUUGAACAAAGAGGGGUUUUCUGAAAUUCGGUUCCAAUCUGGCAUAUUUUGGGGAUCAAUUUGAGGCGGUGAAUGAAGAGGAGAGUACCGGGGGUUGACUCAUAAUAUCUUAUUAUUUAAUCCGCUUUCUGUGUUAAUGGCUUUCAAAUCAACUGGCUAGCUGGGUUUCCCUGCUGAAGAUUUCCGUUCUUUAAGAGCUGAUUGGGGCUGUUGUGAUCACCUACUUCACUCUGUCUGUUCAAAAAGUUGAAAUUAAUUCCCCACUUGUUUUGCUUAUUAUUGUUUUCACUUGUUGGGGAUGAUUUCUUAGGUGCGCUCUCUGUUUAUGUAAUUUCAUAAACUGGUUUGAUUGUUUUUUGUCACUCUGCAUUUACCCAAUUGUGAUUAUCAUCGUCUUAUCAAACAAGGUAGAUACUACUAGGAGCCCUUUUUUGUCAGCUUUUGGAGCCACUCAUUGUGUCCUUUUGUUUUUUUCAAUAUAGUUAUCAUGGUAUCAAUCUAUUGCCUGAGGGGCUAACUGCAUACUCUUUAGCCCUCAUGUCCAAAAUAUUUGCAUGUUUUGUAUAUUGCCUACUCUGAUAUAUAUGUGAUUUUUCUGUGCACCUAAUCCAAAAUUUGUACCUUCCAUGAAAUAGGUGGAUCUCUAAGUCAGGGUGUGUCUACAUGGGCAUCUGGUGUAGAUUGAAUUCUUGCUAUCAUUUUUCAUCUAAAUAUGGUCUGUGUUGAUUAUUGAAGAUUAUUCCACCUAUCUCUGUUAUUUUACUUAGUGGAAAUGAUAAUGUGUUGUAGCUCCUCCUUCACCCGGAAUCUGAUGAUUCUGCACAACUCUCAGGUACUUGAUUUACAUAUUGGAUAUUUUAUCCUUACUAUUUGGCCAUCUCCAAACGUGGGUGUGUUCUUUUGUGGUUUUGUUUUUAUUUUGUAUUGCUCGUUUUGAUGCUUUUGAGUUUAAAAUAAUUGUUGAAUGUGACAUUUUGUUUGGAAAGUGAGUGUGAAUGUGAAGUUUUUGGAGGAAAAAAUAAAAUUAAAAAGAUUGGAUAGUAAAAAAUUGGUUGAAAAAAAAUCCAACCUUAUUUUUUGUAAAGAGAUCUAUUUAUUUAUUUUCCUUUAAUAUGUCAGUAUGAGGCAGAGAAGCUCCUAACCUAUUUGUUGAGGCAGAAUAAACAAACUGUUUGUAAAUGUCUUUGCAUGAACAUCUACAAUACCUUUGUUUUGCAAACUCAACCGAAUUAUGAAGGUUAGUGUUCUUGCUCUUUUAACUUCAUCUAAUCCUUUUUUUUUUAAUCACAUGUCAUUCAAACUCACAGAGCUUUAGCUUUUGCUUAAUGGCUGAUGCUUUAAUAAGCCUUUGUGCAUUUCAUUGUUGUUUCACUUUUGCCAUAGUUCUAAGUUCUCUGCUUCAUCAGACGGAAUACAAAUAGUUGGACAGGUUGUGUAAUGUUCUCUUGGAUGCUCCCUUUGAUAUUCUCUUAAUAUGAUUGUCCAUUCUAGUAGCCUAUGACAUUCUCCUCGUAUAUGGGUUUGUUAUAGUUAUACGCACUUGAGUGAUUUUCCUUGUACAAGGUUCAUGCAGUUUUUACUGUAAAUACCUUGCAUAUUAUCAUAUGAACUGUCAGUCUGACAUGUAUGAGGACUUCUGAAUUCAUGUUGAGAUUUUCGCUAUCUCUGGAUUAUUUUUUAUUUAUUUCACCCUUAAUUAAAUACAAAGUGAAGAAGAAAAGAGAAAUCUUGCUCUUUUAGUAGUUAAUAAUCAUAGUGAUUAGUGAAUUUCAAUGCUGCCAUACUCCUGAACAUGUGAUAUUAUUUGAUGCAUUUACCAAGCACGUUUUGUACUGUUCAAAUUUAGGUUGCUUACCAAGCACGUUUUGUACUGUUCAAAUUUAGGUUGCUGGGCCUGGGUGAGACAGAACUGAGCGUGCCCUUUGAAUAGAGGGCACCUACAAAGGGUAAAACCUCAAAUGGCAUUUGUCAGAUAUGUCACUAUAGAGAGUUGGUUUCCAACUUAUGGGAAAACAAUUAUAUUCUGAAGCCCAGGUGAAGAAAAGAUCUUAUUUAACAUUGUAUGUAACAGUGCUUUGGAGCGGCGGAGAGGAUAUGAAAGGAGAGCUCGGUCAUAUAUGGUUAAGAUUAUCUCAUGUUUCUCUCUUUAUAUUCUAUGCGCUUCCCCUCUAUUCUAUUCUAUUCUAUUAUUCUACAUGGUUUUAUUAUUCUUUCUGAAUUAUGCUUUUAAAAGCAAGUUACUUUGCCGAUUAAUAUUUUAAAUACAAAGCUAGUAUUUAUGUAUCGAGCCCAAUAUUCAUGUGACCAUUACUGGUCUAGCCCGAUAUCUUAAAAUUAGUUCUUCACCGUUGGAUCUUAAGGUUUUAUUUGAGCCGUUGGAUUCAGCAUUAACCUAAAUAUAUAUAGGGUGUCUGUGCACUGUGCACCUCCUCCACAGUACACUCACACACACACGGUUCAUAAAUCUCUCUGGAAAGGGUUUUCUCCUCCUCUCUAGCUUCACCCCCUCACUUCUCCUUUUUGCUUCUCUCGCGAUUGUGAGUUCUUAAUGCUCUGUUUCGUUCUCACGGCGAGUCAACUGCUUGGUGUUGUCGACGCCGUGAGUAGGCAGUUUUAGGUAAUCCUUUUCCUCCCUUUUCACCAUGUAUUGAUUUUGUCAAGCGUUUUGGGGGUGAUUUUGCGAUAGGUAGGUGCCGUGGGUGUUGACCGCGUUAUAAUGUUCUCGAUUGUGUGUUGUUUGGUUGGUUCGCUUGUGUUUGCGUAGAUGUGGGGACUGAGCCUCGAAAUGAAUUCGUUUUGUUUGAUCUUUUAAUAUUCGAUGCUCAUGUUUGAUUAGUUUUGUUAUCCGGCCGUUUGUCUAUAUUAAACUGCUUUUGUGA